GGAUGGUCCCUGAACGCACCACCAGAUCAGUGUUGUGUUUAGUGCUGGCUCCUUUCCGUCCUCCAUCAAAGCUCGGUUCCAUCCCCGCUGUUACGGCGCAGGCCCGAAGUAGCGCAGCCGCUCUGAGUUGUACUGCGGAUCUAGCUGUGUAGCGUUGGCGGCUCAUCAUGGAGGAACACGCUGUGAACCCGGCAGAGCACAUGACCACCAUCGAGGCCGGCGCCGUCAGCCAGCAGGUACACGUGGCCACCUUCACAGAAGCUUCUAUGAUGAGCGCAGAGGAAGACUCCACAUCCUCUCCAGACGACGACCCCUACGAUGACACAGACAUCCUCAAUUCAGCUGGCACUGAUGAGGUCACCGCUCACCUAGCUGCUGCAGGUCCAGUAGGUAUGGCAGCUGCUGCUGCUGUUGCGACGGGUAAGAAAAGGAAAAGGCCUCACAUCUUCGAGUCGAAUCCUUCCAUCCGUAAACGGCAGCAAACCCGUCUGCUCAGGAAACUGCGGGCCACGCUGGACGAGUACACCACCAGAGUGGGCCAACAGGCCAUAGUGCUGUGCGUCUCUCCCUCCAAACCAAAUCCGGUGUUUAAAGUGUUCGGUGCUGCUCCUCUGGAGAACGUGGUAAGAAAGUAUAAGAGCAUGAUGUUGGAGGACCUGGAAAACGCCCUGGCUGAGCACGCACCUGCAGGAGGAGAGCUGGCCUCAGAACUGCCGCCGCUCACCAUCGACGGCAUCCCGGUCUCUGUGGAUAAGAUGACCCAGGCUCAGCUGCGAGCCUUCAUCCCAGAGAUGCUGAAAUAUUCCACGGGCAGAGGAAAACCAGGCUGGGGGAAGGAGAGCUGCAAGCCCGUGUGGUGGCCUGAGGAAAUCCCCUGGGCUAACGUUCGCAGCGACGUCCGCACGGAGGAGCAGAAACAGAGAGUGUCGUGGACGCAGGCGCUGCGGACCAUAGUGAAGAACUGCUACAAGCAGCACGGCCGGGAGGAUCUGUUGUACGCGUUUGAGGACCAGCAGAUAACGACGGCGACCACCACCCAGCACCACCUGACCACAGCCCAGGGCAUCGCUCACCUCGUGCCCUCGCAGACCGUCGUGCAGACCGUCAACAAUCCUGACGGAACCGUCUCGCUAAUCCAGGUUGGCACGGGACACACAGUUGCAACCCUGGCAGAUGCUUCAGAGCUGCCGGGCGUCACGGUGGCACAGGUCAACUACUCAACUGUUACUGACGGGGAGGUGGAACAGAACUGGGCCACGCUUCAGGGCGGAGAAAUGACGAUCCAAACGACACAAGCGUCAGAGGCCACGCAGGCGGUAGCGUCUCUGGCUGAAGCUGCAGUCGCUGCUAGUCAAGAGAUGCAGCAAGGCGCCACCGUCACUAUGGCUCUCAACAGUGAGGCGGCGGCCCACGCCGUUGCGACGUUGGCCGAGGCCACUCUUCAAGGAGGGGGCCAGAUCGUGCUGGCAGAGACAGCAGCCGCUGUCGGGGCUCUUGCAGGGGUCCAAGAUGCUACAGGGUUGGUCCAGAUCCCGGUCAGCAUGUACCAGACUGUAGUGACCAGCCUCGCCCAGGGAAACCGUCCUGUGCAGGUUGCAAUGGCGCCCGUCGCCACACGCAUAGACAACACGGUCACGCUGGACGGCCAGGCGGUGGAGGUCGUGACCUUGGAGCAGUGACACUAUGGACUCGGGGCCGGAGUAGAACGCACUGAACAGCCAUCUUGGGAGAUUUGUUUCUCUCCUGUUUUUUCCAAGACAACACAUUGUGUACGACGUUGAAUAUAUUUUUAAAUGUACGACUGCAGGGGAAGUAAAAGUGAUUAUCAAUGCAUUGUGUUUACUAUGUAAAGAUAUUGCUUUUGUUGAUGAAUUUCAUUUAUCCUCAUAUUUUUUAAGCUCUGUGAUGUUGAGUGUCUAGUAUUUAUUUCUGUAAAAUUAACCCUCACUUUAAACAAAGUCAAACCAAAAAAUAAAAACAACAAAAAAAAAAAAACUGGAAGGAAAGCCACCACGAUAUCAAUGCGAUCAAUUUUGGGCAUGGUGUGUACGUACAAUAUAACGCUACUCAAUUAUUUACUUAUUUGUUUAAAAUGUGCCACAAUCAGCAGUCACUCCCUUUUUGUUUCUCGUACUCCCCUUCACUGCUGCAGGCUCCUCCAUAUCAUUUUCUCACAUUAGAGGAGAACAAUAAAUAAAGUUUUCAUUGUCUUGUCAUGUGUUUAUCAUACCCACACACAUGCCAAAAUACGCACUCUCAGGAUAUACAUCACGGUGUUGUUUACUGCUGGAUUACUCAAGCCGUCUUGUUUCUUAUUUAUAGUGCAUGAACGUGGAGGAGCACCCUUUAGUAUGUUAUUUUUAACAUGGAUUACUUGGAUCUUCUUGAUCGGCGCCCCUUUUUGCUUAUUGCUGGAAGUCACAUUUGGAUUAAAUGUUACAACAUUUGUAAUGCAGAUGAACAGUUUGAGCUGCGGAAAUAAAUCAAAUUUGUCUCCAGAA